AUGAAAUUCUAUCACGCGUUUGUCUGUGCGGUGGUUGCAUGCCUACCCUUCGCUACGGCAGUGCCACUUGAAGAGAGAGGUCAACCAACGCUUCCCACGGAAGACGCCUUCUAUAAGAUUCCUAGCAACAUUGAGGAUUAUGCUCCGGGUCAAAUCAUCGACUCGCGUAGACCUCCGUACCCCAUCGCAUCAUUCGGAGUCUCGCCUGUCAACCUUGCAGACUCGUGGCAAAUUCUCUAUAGAACCAACGACAACUUCAACAGUGCUACGGCAACGGUCUUGACGGUCCUCGUCCCCCACAAUGCCGACUACACGAAGGUGCUCUCGUACCAGGUUGCACAGGACUCAGCAUACGCAAACUGUGCUCCCUCCUACGCAUUUCAACUCAAGUCGGCCACAGGAGGUCUCUUGGGGACCAUCCUCUCCCAGGCGGAGCUGUUGCUGAUGCAAGCUGCCCUCGAGCAAGGCUGGAUCGUCAUUUCUCCCGACCAUGAAGGCCCCAGAGCUGCCUACCUGGCCAACAAGCUGGCAGGGUAUGCCACCUUGGAUGGUAUCCGUGCCGCACUGAAUUCUGCAAGCUUCACGGGGAUCUCACAGCGUCCCACCAUCAGCCUUUGGGGAUACUCGGGCGGGGCCAUCGCUUCUGCUGCUGCGGCAGAGCUACAGCCAUCUUAUGCUCCGGAGCUUCGCAUCGCCGGCGCGGCGGUAGGCGGGGUUGUGCCUAAUAUCACGACCACCAUUGCCGGCAUCAACAAACGGACAGUCGCCGGCUUGAUCCCUGCGGGCGUACUUGGUAUUGCGAGCCAGUACCCCGAAGUUACUACGCUACUGGAGAAUGAGAUCCGCCCUGAAUACAAAGCGGCAUUUGCGGAUGCUGCAAGCCAAUGUUUCACGGCCAACGUACUCCAAUUCGCGUUCAAGGAUGUGAUUGGCAUGUUCAAGGACCCAACUAUCCUCUACCGCGAUCAGGCGAAGCGGAUCAUUGACGAGAACGCAUUGGGACAGGCUAUACCUCAAAUUCCAAUGUACAUGUAUAAGUCUGUCCGAGAUGAAGUCAGCCCCGUCGAGGAGACUGAUGCAUUGGUGAGAAACUACUGCGCGGGAGGAGCCAGAGUCAAAUAUGACCGUGAUUUGCUGUCCGACCAUGGCUCACUCGCUCUGCUCGGUGUCGGCAAAUCACUUGUAUGGCUCAAGGAUAUCAUGAACGGUGGACCAGGUCCAGUACAGUGUUCUACUUCAACGUUGAUUUCCUCGCUUCUGGACCUCAAGGGCACCAAAUUGCUGUCUAAGACUCUCCUAGAGGCAUUUCUAAACUUGCUUGGUUCUCCUGUCGGACCGCCGUAG